AUGCAGGUGAUUUCUAAUGCGGUGCAUUUGCUUCCUCGUGUGCUGAAGCAAAAGCAUUCGGGUAACAAAAAGUUAAUGCUCUUAGAUGUUCAUGCACAGUUGAAAGCAGUAAAGAUGGUAGUGCCAUGUGCUUCAGCGGAGAGUAGCUUGGAAUUAUGUGCAUCUCUUGAAGCUUUCAGCCUGAAAUUCAUUUGCAGAUACUUACAUCUCCACUAA